GCGGUCAGAAGUCAGAGGGUCUGUUGUGGUGGUGGAGCCUUUUUCUCUCAGACCAACACAUGACUACUCCUCCUCAGGACACACGUAGGAGCGUUAGCCGCUCGUAGCUAGUUUCAAAAGAAAGAAAAAAAGUCCAGCGAAACUGUUAUAACUCGUUUGAUUUUAUCCUUUUUUUAUUUGUAAAGACUCGUUUUUAAAUGCAACGCUGUUUGAUAUAUGAGAAAACGAUGGCAGCCGAGACGAGGAACGGCGGGAGUUCGCUGAACAACAACAACAACUGCAAAGACCACCGCAGGAGGAAGCUGCUGGUCGGCGUGGACCUCUUCUGCUUGUUCCUAGCCGGCCUGCCUUUCUUGGUCAUUGAGACCAGCGCUGUACAGCCUUACCGUAGAGGGUUUUACUGCGAUGAUGAGUCCAUCAAGUACCCGGCCAAAAAGGGAGACACCAUUAGCGACGGUGUGCUUAGCGCUGCUGGCAUUCUUAUCACCAUCCUCUCUAUCAUCAUUGGAGAAAGCUACAGGAUCUACUUUCUGAAUGAGGGAUCAAAGUCUUUCGUAGGGAACCCCUACAUCUCUGCUCUCUAUAAGCAGGUUGGCGUGUUCGUCUUCGGCUGUGCCAUCAGUCAGUCCUUCACCGACAUUGCCAAAGUGUCAGUGGGCCGCAUGCGCCCACACUUCCUUGAUGUGUGCAAACCAGACUUCUCCACUAUCAACUGCUCCCUGGGCUAUAUCACUGACUAUCAGUGUCAGGGGCCAGAUAGCAAAGUUCAAGAGGCCAGGAAGUCCUUCUUCUCGGGACAUGCGUCGUUCUCGAUGUACACCAUGCUUUAUCUGGUGUUUUACCUGCAGUCUCGCUUCACCUGGCAUGGAGCCCGCCUGCUGCGCCCUCUGACCCAGUUCACUCUCAUCAUGAUGUCUUUCUACACUGGCUUGUCCCGUGUCUCUGAUCACAAGCACCACCCCACUGAUGUCCUUGUAGGUUUUGUACAAGGAGCCGUGGUGGCCUACUGCAUAGUUUUCUGUGUAUCAGACUUGUUCAAGCCCAAAGGCAGGCGUUCAACCCUGCUGCCAGCCCCAGUGAAGAAAGAUCUUGUUCCUCCGGCAGACAUCAGAGAGCGAAGCAACCAUCUCAUCAUGGCAUAGAGAAGACUGCAAACUGACUGUAUAUAACCCUGACCUGUGCCAUUCAAAUCACUACUAUAGCCACUGGGCAAUACCGGAUCAGGUAAACCCCGACAAUCUGGUCAAUGCAGUCAGAUAUGGAAUCUUGAAUGUCAAAGGACGAGAGGAGGCUACGGAAAAACAGUCCAGCCAGUUGUGCCUUUCUCAAUGGAAAAGAUCCUCGUUUUCCUCAGGCUCACCAGACAUUUUAAUGUGGAAAAUGGAGAGAACCGGGGAUUUUUGUCCCUCUUCUCCUGUUGUGGGAGAGAUCUGCCUUGUAGAUACUCUGAAAGGGCCUUUCCAUGGACCGACGCCUGACAUGAAACAAAACGGGGAAAUGGCAGCAGCUGUGUAGUUUCUCCCCUCGGCUGCAUUCAGAAUGGGAGCUACAGUCAUAUUCCUGCCACUCACUCACUGUGUUACUAAUGCAAACAAAUCAUGCAACGAAAACAACAAAUUCCUUGAUUUGAGGAAGGAUUCUGUUUUAGUUUGGUUUUAAUACAAACAUAAGCAUCGUACAUGUGUGCGAUUUAUAGCACUAUUUUAGCAAAGACUUAAUUCUGUUUGUCACCACUUGAAUGAUUCUGAAGUGAAGCUUUUGGAAAGCUUUGUAAGCUUUUUAUUAUGUCCAUAACGUAGGGCACAUGAGUUAUUGUAGGUGGAAAGUACAGUGAAGGUUAAAAUGCUGGACGUGGGCCUCUUUCUGCUGGCUGGGACGAGCCCCCACUGAGCCAUUUAAUGAAAUGACUGUGUAAUAUGUACCAGACGGGUGCUCGCAAGUGUAAGGUCAGAGCGUGCGAGCGCCUGAGUGUCGGGUGUGUCACUUGUGUGUACGUCUCUGUGUGUUUUGCCUUUCCUGUGUGUGUGUGUGUGUGUGUGUGUGUGUGUCUGGUGUGUACAUGCCAAUGUGUCUUAAUGUCAGGUCUCUGUACUUAAGUUUUUAUAGCCUACAAGUGUGCCUCUCCAACCAGAGAACAGGCACCUGCUCCAACAGACACAUGUAAACUCGAGACUGGAACACUGUGGAAAAACAACAGUAUCAUCAGAACAUUACUGUCAUUAAUCAAAGUGAUCAAUCACAUCACUGAGAAGUCCUCUGAUAUACUCAAUGCUCUACGGACAUAUAGGCUUCAUCCUGACCGCUCUGUUUUCCUUUGAAAAUGCAUCAACUCAGUUGAGGAUACUCCUGGCGUCCACGCUACUCCAGAGAGCCGCUGAAACUGAGCAGUUAGUAGAUGCUGUUGGACACGUUUUAGUUUGAAGAGUCUGCAUCAUUUUAGUCUGAACAGGCAGAAACAGAGAUGAUUGGAAACGAUGCCCAAUGUCUGUGACUGGUCACCUGAUGUACGUUUUCAGGUGUGUUAGUUACUAUCCAGAUUUAAACUGAUACAGACAAAAAACGCUCAUGUGGACAGAGUUCGCUUUAGCCUGAAAAUAGUGUUUCAAAUGAACACAUAAGGAAGUAACCUAACAUGCUGCAAAGCAAGACAGGGACUAGAGCAGUGGUUAUGUACAGUUGCUGUUCUGUACCAAAGCACAAUUUAGCAAAACUGUAAAUAUAUAUACAUAUAUAUAUUAUUUUGGUUCAAUUUAACUGCUUAAUAUUUCAUUAAGUCUAAUCAGUCGGGGCGAACAUUGAGGCUGUGUAUGUCAGACGGAAAUCUUUCAUUGAAUUUUAGAGAAAUAGUCAUGCUAAUACGUUUGCAUUAUAUUAAGGAAAUUUAGCCCAAAAAUUAAACCACUGACCAGAAAGCUUCUUCUGAUAAAAACUUUAAUCUGACGUUGAUGGGAAACUAGUCCUUUCUCCCUACGUGUCAAAAAGAUCAGAUACAGAAUCAGAACCUUCUGCAUGCCCCCUAACAAUGUAAAAUACUGUGUUGUGUGUGUUUGUGUGUGUGUGUCAGUCUUAUCUUUUGAAGAAACACCCACUAUGACUUUGUGUCAAGACCUGUGUAAAUGUUAAACAUGCUGCUUUUAAGAGGUUCAUCUUAGCAGACGUCAUCCAGUAUAGUUGACAACAUGUGAAUUUCAAGUGUAAAAAAUCUAAACAAACAACGAAGUUGUCAACGUAGACAGCUUCAGUACAUCUUUAUUAAAAUUGCCUUUCGCUAUUUUUGUAAUGCCAUGUGAUAUUUUGUACAACGAAACUGUAAGACGUAUCAGAGAUAAAGUGUCUUUAAUAAAACAAAAAAGCUCCA